UGCCCGGCAGGGAAGAGGUUAAGCGAGAGUCUCCCUCCUCUCUCGAUGACAUAGUUAGCACUGCUGAGAGUCGCACCAGGAAAUGCAGCGGCACAGGAAACACCUGUAGAGAGCACACCUUAGAGAGAGAAAGGUAGGCGAGACCCUCAGCAGGUGUCAGAUAUGGAGGAAAUGACAAUAUGGGAACAGUAUACUGUGACACUAAUCCGGGACCCUCGCAAAGGAUUUGGUAUUGCAAUCUCUGGAGGAAGAGACCGUCCUUUAGGAACAGAUGGAGACAAUUCUGUCAUUGUUUCAGAUGUUAUCCGAGGUGGACCAGCUGACGGUAGACUGCAGACACGAGAUCGCAUUGUCAUGGUUAAUGGCGUUUCAAUGGAAAAUAUGUCAUCCUCCUUUGCCAUCCAAACACUGAAAUCAUGCACUAAGACUGCAAAUGUGACUGUGAAACGGCCGCGAAAAAUUCAGGUUCCUGCUAGCAAUUCUAUGCAUCCAGCUUCUACUUAUUCCUCCAAUACGCAAAAAUUCUCAGAGCCUGUCUUCUCAGAUUCCUCAAGAAGAGACAAGGAUGAUGGGUCAGACUCCCCUUUACCAUGGAGAGGGAGAUAUGAAAGCACAAAUCAGGAACCUCCUGAGGACACAGCGAGAGGAUAUGAAGGGGAUUCAUCUAGUGGCCGCAGCUCGCAGGGAUCUUUCACUCACUCAUCUCGUCAAGCCAGACAUCGAAGGGGAAGAACCGUUGGUAGUGAUGGGGUAGAUUAUGCAAGGAGGAAGGUAGGAAGGGAAGCAGCUGGUUCAAGCAGCGAUACAGGAAGGUGGUCCAGGAGAAGAGAGAGUGGCAGUGAUGUGAUGGACUCUGGCAGUGAGGCACGUGGAUAUUACAAUAAAAGGAAAGAGUCUGGCAGUGAAGUGGGGGUUUCUGGCAGUGAGAUUUACCAAAAUGGCCUAGAGCUGAUGUCUGGAUUCAAGAGACUACCUGUCCAGGAUGUGCCGGCCAAACCUAUAAAAGCUGUUCUGGUGAAACGUGCAGAAAACCAAGAAUACGGUCUAAAAUUGGGUAGUCAGAUCUUCAUAAAGCACAUAACAGAAAGUGGAUUGGCAGCUCAAGAGAAGGCAUUACAAGAAGGAGACCUUAUUCUGAAGAUUAACGGGGUGACAAGUGAGAAUAUGUCAUUGGCUGACACUCGGCGACUCAUUGAGAAGUCAAGGGGCAAACUUACUCUUACCGUUUUGAGAGACAAUCGUCAGUUUCUCGUUAACAUCCCAGAAGUGAGAGAUAGUGAGAGUGAGGACAGAAGCUCUCCUCGAGAGGAUAUCUCUGAAAUAGGUUCUGGUGAUUCCCCACCACCAUCUGAAGCUCCACCACCUCCUCCAGCACAUCAACAGAAAAGCUCAUCUGAGAGUGAUGAUAGUGCCCCGGAAGGGCAAGGACUGAAUGGAUCAGAGGCUGUGCAGAGAAUGGAGAAUCCCAAAGUUGAGAAUAAAGUAAACAAUGAAGAAGUGCAUGUGGUGUCUGCAUAUAGAGAGGAGUCAGCAAAUUCCAAUAACAACAUGAGAGAAGACCUGAGAGCAGGAUAUAGUCCUGAUGCUCGUGUAAUUCAGUUCAUGAAAGAAAAAAGUAUUGGUCUGCGUCUUGCAGGUGGAAAUGAUGUGGGAAUAUUUGUGGCUGCAGUACAGGGAGGGAGUCCUGCAGAACGCGAAGGAAUAAAAGAGGGUGACCAGAUCCUGCAGGUAAAUGAUACAAGCUUCCAUAACUUGACCCGUGAGGAUGCUGUGCAGUAUUUAAUGGGUCUUCCACAAAAUGAGGAUGUAAUAUUCCUUACGCAGGGCAAAGAGGACAUUUACAGAAAAAUGAUUAAGUCCAAUGUUGGAGAUUCCUUCUAUAUUCGUACACACUUCGAUUAUGAGUCAGAUGCUCCAUCUGGCAUAAGUUUCACUCGAGGAGAAAUAUUUCAUGUCUUAGACACUAUGUAUCGUGGGAAGCUGGGAAGUUGGCUAGCUGUACGUGUUGCCAGGGAUUUAAGGGAGAUGGAAAAGGGAAUAAUACCAAACAGCAACAGGGCAGAGCAGUACGCUAGUUUGGAGACGGUGCUAAAGCCACAGAGUUCCAGUGGGCAGAGGGCAGAGUUCUGGAAGUUAAGGGGGCUGCGUGGAGCUAAGAAAUUAUUAAGGAAGAGUAGAGAAGAUUUAACGGCACUGAGCAAGAAAAUUAAAUAUCCUCCAUAUGAAAGAGUGGUGCUUCGGGAAGCAAGCUUUAAAAGGCCUGUAGUUGUUAUGGGUCCAAUCACAGAUAUUGCUCAUCAGAAACUUUGUGCAGAUUUGCCCCAGGAGUUUGAGGCUGCAGAGAGUGUCACACGAGAUGGAGGGACCUCUAAGGUCAUUAAACUGGAUAUUGUGAGGGAAAUUGCUGGAAAGAAUAAGCACGCACUCCUUGAGAUCACUCCAACAGCUGUAGAACAUCUUAAUUACAUGCAGUUCUAUCCUAUUGUGGUAUUCUGUAACCCUGAGAACAGGCAGGGAGUAAAAGCCAUGAGAAAAUGGCUGCUUCCUGACUCAAGAAAGAGUUCCAGGCGUUUGUAUGCACAAGCUGUUAAACAACGCAAGAACUACUCUCACCUAUUCACCGCCAAAAUAAAUUUGAGUGGAGCAAGUGACUCGUGGCUUCUCAGCUUGAAAGAAAUUAUUCAGACAGAGCAGACAAAACCAAUAUGGACAACAGAGGAUAAGGAGAUUACAGUCACAGAGCCACUGGAUCUCCUGGAUGAGUCCACAGCUGGAGUCAAUGACUACCUCAGUUGUGAUAGCCGUGCAAACAGUGACUAUGAAGAAACUGAUGCUGAGGGAGGAGCUUAUACUGACCAGGAACUGGAAGAGGAAAUUCAAGAGCCAGCACUUGCCAGGUCUUCUGAACCAGUGCUGGAUUAUCAAUCAACAUAUUACAGAGCCCAGUCGCCAGAUGAAUAUCCUUCAGAGUACAAAGACCAAUCUUUGCCAGAGACAGACAAUUUCCAUGGAAACAAGCUACGACAUGAAUUAAGUUCCAACUACAGAAGUUCUAUGCCAUCUAAUUGCAACAGCCCUCAACAGGAAUCAGAAAGCCAGCCACAAGGCCAGUGGAGUGCAAGUGCCAUUAACAGUCGAGAAUAUGAACAUGAUGCUCUCCUCAAAAAGUUUAACAAUGCAAGAUAUUCCAGCUCAGAGGAUGAGGAAGAUGCUUGGGGAGGGCCUGCAACUGACCUGUAACAGUGCUGCUGCGAAACCCUUUUUACAUUUAUGGACUGAACAUGGAUACAGAACGCACAGUGAACAAAAGCUUCCAAACCUGUACAUUAAAUCGAUUUUUGUUGUUGUUUUAAUAAUAAAUAAUUUCUUUUG